AUGACUUCCGCUUCGGCCACCAAGAACAACGCCAAGCGCGCUCGCGCCGAGGACGUGGACGUGGACAUGAAGGAGGAGAAGGCGGUCCACGAGCGCUCGAUUCAGACCAUUCGGAUCAUGAAACUGGACAAGUUCAAAAAGUCCCUUGCUUCUCGUCAGAGAUACCACCUCCGCCAGAAGAACAGGAUCAUCCGCAUGCUCGGCUCGCGCGUCACCGGCGCCUCGCAAGGCCGCCAGAGCGUCGAAGAGCAAAUGUUCGAACUGUGCAAGCUCUGGAGCCAGUCUGUUCGCACCGUCGAAGACGUCGUCAUGACCGGCUACGACGGCCGCGACGAUGAGAUCGCAGCUCUGGCCGCAUACGAGGCCCAGGACGUGGAGAUGACAAAUGCCACAGACGAUGAGGCCGAGGACAACAGUGAGGAUUCCCUGAUGACGGAUGUCGGCGACGAGUGGCCCGUCGACGCCUUCAACAACAACAACGAUUACAACGCCGUCAACACCACGACCGAUGUCGAAAUGGUGAUUUAA